UUUCACACUUUUGGUAUGGUUCGUGCCGCUUUUGCAAAUGCUACAAUACAAAUAACGUCGUCUCACUCCCAUCCUCUCAUCUUCAUCUUCUCCGAUAAAACAUAUAUAUAUAUAUAUAAAUGUAUAUUUACCGAUAACACCAGAAGAAGACUCAGAACCCAUAAAAGAAAGAAGAAAAGGAAGAGAAUCCAGUGAGGAGUGAUGGACGGCCAUGGCUCCUCUUUCUCCAGCUUCAAAUCCUACGGCCACGCCCUCUCCCAAACGCCCGCCCGCUUCGCUCGCCGUGCCGCUUCUGUCUCCACCUCCUUUGAGGAGAUGAGCCGGGUCCGGGCCCGCUCCGGCACCGACAUGCGCCGGAGCCUCCGCUGGUUCGACCUCGUCGGAUUCGGCCUCGGAGGGAUGGUCGGCGCCGGCGUCUUCGUCACCACUGGCCGCGCCAGUCGCCUCUUGGCCGGCCCCGCAAUCGUCCUCUCCUACGCCAUUGCCGGCAUCUGCGCCCUCCUUUCCGCCUUCUGCUACACUGAGUUCGCCGUCGACAUGCCCGUCGCCGGCGGCGCCUUCAGCUACAUCCGAGUCACCUUCGGGGAAUUUGCGGCAUUUCUCACCGGCGCGAACCUAAUAAUCGACUACGUCCUGUCGAACGCCGCCGUGGCCCGGAGCUUUACGUCGUACCUGAGCACCGCCGUUGGCCUAUCGACGGCGGUGAAAUGGCGGCUCACGGUCGCCGCUCUCCCCAAGGGCUUCAACGAGAUCGAUUUCGUCGCCGUCGCCGUUGUACUCUCCAUCACUCUCAUUAUCUGUUACAGCACAAGAGAGAGCUCGGUGCUGAACAUGACGUUGACGGCGCUCCACAUUCUGUUCAUAGUGUUCGUGAUCGUCGUCGGCUUCUACAGAGGUAACUGGAAGAACUUCACGCAGCCGGCGGAGCCGGCUCACCCCGGCGGCUUCUUCCCCUUCGGAGCUGCUGGCGUGUUCAACGGCGCCGCCAUGGUCUACCUAAGCUACAUCGGCUACGACGCCGUUUCUACCUUGGCCGAAGAAGUCCGUAACCCGGUCAAGGAUAUCCCCAUCGGUGUCUCGGGUUCCGUUAUCCUCGUCACCAUUCUUUACUGCUUGAUGGCCGCUUCCAUGUCCAUGCUCCUCCCUUAUGAUAUGAUCGAUGUGGAGUCGCCGUACGCGGCGGCGUUCAAGGCGGGGUCGGAGGGGUGGAGAUGGGCGUCGAACGUGAUCGGGGUGGGGGCCAGCUUCGGGAUUCUGACGUCGAUGCUGGUGGCGAUGAUGGGUCAGGCGCGGUACAUGUGCGUGAUCGGACGGUCUGGAGUGGUCCCAUCGUGGUUCGCUAGGGUCCACCACAGGACAUCCACGCCGCUCAAUGCUUCUGCUUUUCUCGGAGUAUGCACGGCUGCUAUUGCGCUUUUCACCGAUCUAGACGUCCUCCUCAACCUUGUAUCAAUUGGUACCCUUUUCGUCUUCUACAUGGUGGCAAAUGCAGUAAUCUACCGGCGCUAUGUCUCGGUGGGGACUACAAAUCCAUGGCCUACGUUGUCCUUCCUAAUCUGCUUCUCCCUCGCAUCCGUCAUAUUCACCCUGGUUUGGCACUUCAUUCCAUCAGGCAAGCCCAAGGGGUUCAUGCUCGGGACCUGCACCAUGAUCGCGAUCGCAGUCAUUCAACUGUUCCAUUGCGUAGUCCCACAGACUCGAAAACCGGAGUUCUGGGGGGUCCCCUUAAUGCCCUGGAUACCGUCUAUCUCAAUCUUUCUCAACAUCUUCUUAUUGGGUUCUCUUGAUGGGCCAUCUUACGUGAGGUUCGGAUUCUUUUCUGUCGUGGCGGUGCUUAUAUAUGUGCUAUAUAGUGUUCAUGCUAGCUUUGAUGCUGACGGGGAUGGUAGUCUUAGUCAAAAGAAUGGUGAAAUCAUGAAGGAAUCAAAUGAAAGUGAGGACCACACUAUCAACGAAGUGUAAAGAUCCUCUCUCACUCACUGCCUUCUUUUCCCUUAUAUGACUUCUCGUGAUAGAAGAAGAAAAGAAGGUGAAAAGUUGAGAAGAAACAAUAGCCUGCAAUUUUGCAGUGUUAGCAGCAAGUUGUAUAGAUGCUUGAUAUCUAAGUUUGGGUUUAGAUCCCCCUUGUAAAUUAGCCCUUCCUAUUUAGGGUUUAUAAUAUAUAUAUAUAUAAAAAUCGGAGUCCAGUGUUUGACCUAUUAUGACAGUUCAAUUGAAGCAAAGCAUGGCAGAAAAGUUGAAGGCAGUCUAUCAUGAAGAUUUGGAUCAAGUGUUUGAUCCCUCAGAAUAUUUUCAUUAUAAAUU